CGGCGAGAUUGUUUGUUUUUGGUUUAGAUCAGUCUUUAAAGUUUAAAAGUGUGAGAAAUCACGGGAGUGAAAUGGGAUAUAGACUCUGGGAAGAGUACAUCGGCUAAGGUGCUUCUGAAUUUGGCAGUGAAAGAUGGUUGGAAAACCGACAUUUGUAGACCUUAACAUUGGACAAAGCUCAAUAACCAUACCGGGAACUGUUUCUGCUACUCCUAGCAAAAUGCUUGUGGAUCCUGUUGAAGGGUUUCCUCUUGAUAGGCUCUUGUGCACUACUUUGGUCACAACAACACCAAGCCUCCCUCGCCUUCAUAGUAUGUCGUUAGCUUGGUUAUCCAGUUUGUAUGCGUCGACAAGGAAAGGACCGUUUAUCUGUAGACGUAAUGAUAUGUCAAAUAUCGUCAUGCCCCUGUACUUUUCAAUUUCUUUGGGUGACAAGUCGAAGGCAGACGAGGAGCUUGAUGAAGAUGAAGAGGUACCACGCUUGGACGAGAGCGACAGUGACGCCAUGUUCUUCCUUAGGUUUCUCAAAGCAUUCAUGAUUAGUCUUUGGUUAAGACUUAAGAGAGAUUGUAAGGAGAAAGCACUGAGCAUUACUCAGGCUGUCCAAAAGUACGGCAACCUCUCAGGUUUUGUUGAAAGAUUUUCUCUGCGAAUGAGGAAUCCUACAGCAUUCUUUGCCGGGGCUCUUCUUGUGAUUGGGUUUCUCCUUAGAGAACUCCCCAUGUUUGCUCUUGCAGCAGUAGCAAAUGCAGUGGGAGUAUGGACGAUCUUCCCCUAUAUGGUUGCUGCAUCCACGGCUUUGUUCCUCUACAUUCGCAGUCGCUACUCCUCAAAAAAUUAGCUGUUCUUGUAACUCAAUAUCGAUACAUAGAAAGAUGCUUUGAAGGCUAAAGAUGCUCAGAAGAAGGUUCAGCAAACUGAUGAAUAACCUGUUGGGAAGCUUUUGGAAGAGAGUGAAAGUGAAGCUGCUGCAAAACGGAAUGAGACCGAAGACUGAUGAUGUUGAUCAUAGGAAAAUGUUUGUGAAUUUGAUGAAUGUGUGAAAAGUCAGAGGAAUAAGAGUUGAAGGGUUAG